AUCAGAGCUUCCUGCUUCAUGCGCCGAUGGCUCAGGCUGAGCCAGCUCCUCAGCGGGGCAGAGUCGGCCUCCGUCCGGGGCUGAGCCUGGUCAGAGGGAAGACUCUGGCUGAGAGGGAGGGAGGGCACUGAGGAAGGAUGGAUUUGGGAGCUUGCCCGAGGAAAGGAAGAGCCUGCAAUCUGGCACCCAUGCUGCAGUGGAGGGAGGCCCGGACCCACGUGUCUUCCCCCUGGCAGGAGGGCUUGGCCUGGCCCUGAGGCCAGUGGCGGGCGACUCUCCGGUCCUCCAGGUGAGGAAGGAAGCCAAGCGGAGCAGGGCUUCCUGUCUGAGGUGUCUCUUUUAAGGGGUGUUUCACGAAUACUGGGACGGAAGGCGGCUGUGGACCUUCAGACCGAGGGUGCAAGUGUCCCAACCUUUAGCUGCUUUGUCAUCUUCAGAGGCAUUGGACACACGCGCGCACACACAUUUGAUUGCCUGCUUAAUACGUCUGAUUCAGUGGAUCCUCUUAAGCCGCAAAAAGGGGAGGCUGGUUUUUUUGGCCCUACAGCUUGCCCUCUAAAGCUGGGAAUGCCUUCCUUCCCCCACCACCACCACUCCUUACCUGGGCAGGAGGCCCUGGUUCCCCCCUCACAGCUCCUACCUCGGGCUGGAAGAAUUGGAGCAAAGCUACCCAAAAUCUGUGGCUCCCAUCAUCCCCAGCCCAUAGGGCAGAGCCUUGGAAUGAAGAAGAGGCGGCGGAGGUGCCUUCCACGUGCUGCUGCUGCUGGGAGGGCCUUUCCCAAGGCAGAAAAGGCUGAGCCAGCCUGCCCACUGUCGUCGUCCCCCUCCUCCCAGUUUAUUUGCUCACUCUGGGCUCAAGGUCCUUCCUGUGCCGAGGCCGUUGAGAGGAACCUGGGAGUAGCACGGGCCACAAUGCUCGCCUGGGUGCAGGGUUUCCUCCCGCUGGCCUGGACCUCCAGCCUUGUGGACUCCCUCCUACAGGGGCUGGUGGGGGCCUGUGCUGUCUGCAUCCUGGGCAGCCUGAUGAGGAUUUACCUCUACAUCCAGUGCUUGAAUGACCCUGACAGGCAGAAGGAGAAGGAGGUUCUCCGGCGGCAGCAACCCUUCCUGGACCAGCUCCAUCUCGUGGUGCUGACGGCCAUCUUCACCAUGGUGGGGCACCGGGUGGCCGCCCUGAUCGUCCUGGAGUUCUCCCUCCGGGCAGUGUCCACCAUCCUCUCCCUCAACAAGGGAGCCCUGAGCAGCCAGCUCUACCUGCUCUGCCAAUACUCGCUGGGCUGCGGCGUCUCCUGCAGCCUCGGCUACCUGCAGGAAGGAGCGCCCCAUCGCACCUGGAACCUCCUCCUGAGUGUGGGGCUGGCCACGCUCCUGACCCACUACGUCUGGCGCCUGGCCUGGCACGUCUCCACGAUGUACGAGCUGCACUGCAAGGAGCGCUAUUGCGGGGGGUGCCUCUUCCUCCUCGCCACGUGGCACGGCAUUCCCCGGCUGCUCUGCAACGCCCUUCGGGUGACCUUUGGGGUAGCCGACUUGGCGGCCGUGGCUCUGAUCAACCGGGACUUCCUCUCGACCUCCGAGGCCAUCCGAUUCUGGACGCCGCUGACCAUCUGUUACACGCUUCUGGUCAUCUACAUGCAGGAAGAGCAGCAUCACAAUCCCAACCAGCAGAUGGCUUUCCAGACCGUCUUUGUCAGGAUGGGUGGCCUUCUGAUCUUGCUGAUGACGGUGGGCCAGUGGAGGGACAUCGUAAACAUUCUCAUCUCGCUGGUGGGGGAGAUCUGGUGCCUGACCCGGAGCGGAUCCAUGCUGGAGGUGUGCAGAAAGCAGGAUGAGAGCCCCUCGCUCUCCUCAUCGACAUCUGGUCCACCUCGCGGUCAGCGCCGAGAGCGCCCCUCAAAAUCUCCGGCGGCGGCAGCAGCGCCAGAGGCCACGUCCUGAAAAGGUGAAGCCUCUCACGAAGGGCCCAGCCUAGAGACCGUAGACCAGGCUGGCCACAGGCCCAGCUCCUUCUGUCUGGGCUCUCCACCUUUGGUGUCAAAUGGGUUCGUGGGUUCCCUCUCGGCACACCGCUGCCCCCUUCAGCAAUUCUGUCAGAGUGUUUAUAGCAUGACUACUAUUUUGAGACAACCCAGGAGCAAAAUACAGGACACAGAGGUUUUGUCUUACAAACAGUGCUUUGCAGUAUAUACAAGACUUCUAUAUACAGACAUACACGUGGGGAUUAUCCGAUGCCCUGUAAGGCGUUUGCUAUUCAUCGAUCUUUUCCUGCGCUCCAA